AUGACUAAGAAAGGCGAUACAACAGUGCCUCAACCACUGCCACCAAAUAUAAAGGAUCCAGGUAAGCUCACCAUCGCUUGCACCAUUGGUGGAGUAAAGAUCCCACACACUUUAUUUGAUUUAGAAUCAAGUAUUAAUGUAAUUCCACUGAAUAAGGUUAAAGAAUUGAAAUUGGGAGAGAUCACACCGAGUAAUAUGACUCUUAUUUUAGCUGAUUCAUCUGUUACUCAUCCGCUUGGUAUCUUACAUGACAUGUUAGUGCAUAUCGAUGGUUUAGUUUUUCCUGCAGAUUUUGUGGUAAUUAACAUGAAAGAAGAUUCAGUAGGGUCAUUUAUUCUCGGACACCCAUUCUUGGCAACUGGGAAGGCUUUAAUAGAUGUGGAAACCGAUGAACUUGUCUUAAAGUUCAACAAGGAAAAAGUGGUUUUUAAUAUGUAUGAAUGGAGAUUGUAUAUGGAUGACCUAAAGACAUGUUACCAGCUAGAAGAAAAAGGUAGCAAGGAUGACAAAGGGAAUAAGGAAAGUGAAUUGACUGGCGUGAGGGUAUCCCUUGUGCCUGACAUGCUUUAG